AUGGAGAAAACCUUCCCUGAGACGGACGUCAUCUGGUGGAAUGCGAAAUCCUACUACAUCCGAUGUCCCUUCUGCGAAGAAGUUCAUCGCCAUGGCGUAAACUGGAAAACGGGCAAUCUGAGAUACUCCCACUGCGAGAAAAUGGCGUCUUACCGUUGCUGCUUCCCCAUGAACGAUCACGGUGAGGUUGCAUACGAAAUCGACAAGAGACAAGGACGCUAUAUCAAUAUUUGCCUCUCACAUGAUAGUGAUACAGAGGAUGACGAUGAUGUUGAUCGUCUGGCAGUCGAACUGGCUCAGAAGGCUACUCUCGCAGUACAGAGGGAAGAGGCCUAUGGGAAUAUCUACGAAGACUCGAAGGAGACGAUCAGAGUCGAUCUAGAAGGCGACGAGCCAUUUGAGCACAAGAGAAUCUCCGACGCUAUCCGCGCCUGUGUCAACGGGAAUACGAGAGCGGUGCAGAACUACUUGGAGACAUCUAGCGAGGUCCAGCUGUUUGUUCGAGGGCGAUUUUUUGAUGGUAAAACGACCCUUAUCAGUGCAGCAGCUGGGCAGAGCUCGGAGAUGCUGUCGCUUCUCCUUAAACACGGGGCUGAGGUGAACGCUAUUGACAAAUGCGGACGGAGUGCUCUCAUGGAGGCAGCACUCUUUGGUUGGAUUGACAAUGUAAAGGUUCUCCUACAACACAAUGCAGACAAGGAUAUUCGCGAUGGAGAAAACCGACUGGCAAUAGAUCUUGCUAGAGACCAUUACAAAAACCGACGAGAGGUAUACGAGCGUUCUGGAGGCGAUCUGACAUCUUCAUCCAAGCGACGGGAAGGUUAUAUCGAGGACACAUUCAGAAGGGACAUGGACCGUCGGGACAUUGUGCGCCUCCUCGGCGGAGAAGACUGCAAGUCAAAGAUUGUUUUCGGCAAACCUCCCACAUUAUCGCUGUCUACGUCCUACUCGUUCACACCCUCGCGAAUGCGCGACUCGCUAGUAUUGCGCGGGCCAAUUGAAGAGUACCCCAUAAGUAGGAGGGGGAAGACAGUGGCCCGCUUGGAACGAGGCGGAAAAUUCCCGUCCAUUGGCGCUAUGAGCGGAUGGUCGCACGAUACGGUGCAGUCCCUCAUGGUUGACGGUCGACAGUGGACGGAUGAUGUCUUUUAUAUCGCGACAGUAGUGGGCCAUCAUUUGCCUUCCCACAACUAUGAUCGGGGCAAAGACGGUCGAUACAAUGCAUGUCACGCGGAAAAGCAGUUGAUAGCAUACUUUAUCGACCGCCAUGUCUUCCUUCCACGCGACGGCGAAUCUGACUCGGAACUGGACGAUGAGAUUGAAAGGGUAGAAGAUAGGCUUGAGCAAUGCCUUUCGCGCAGUGAGAUAGGACGUGAGGUGGCAUCUCACCGGCAGAAGAAGAAGGAUCUAGAAGAUGAACUCUUCGAUGGCGACGAAAAGCUCGUCGGAAAAUACGACCAGAUCGAUGCACUGAAGUUGGAGCUCAAGUCCGUUGAAGCAACGCUAAACCGACUAAUCGCUGACCCCCGAGCUCGGCCAAUUCUGAAGCUAGAAAGCCAACUGAUGAUAUUAUAUCAACGGCAAAACAGACAUGCUGACCUGAUCGAUAUGGCUAAGGCGCCACCGCCAGCUUCAUUAACCGAGGCGGUCAUAUUGAUCAGCUCUUCUCCUUGUCAGGACUGUCGUGCGUUCAAGGACAAAGUCAAUAAGGUUCAGGAAUCUGACGAUUGCGACUUGGUACACCCACCCCAGAUGGAUGUAUGCGUGAACCAGGAAACGAUGCAAGAGCCUUUCAUGUCGCACGAAACCCUCUAG